CUAUUGAUAAGGGCAGAUGCCCUCUUGAAGGACAGUGGCAAAGGCGGGUGCCCCCGAAAGCGAGGAUAUUACCAAGCCCAAAAUCUCGGUGCUCUUCGCGAGAGGCACCGAUGCGAAAAUCGCGGCGAAACAUCCAGCAAGUAGUGCCACCGCAAUUGCCAAACGCAUUCUAUACUUCCUCCUCUCCGCAAUGACCUGAGGAAAAACAGCACAUAAAGGAGUGAGGCAGCGAUGACCAUUUACUACAUGUAGCUCCUUACUUGUGUGCGCACGCCUGCCAUUUGGAG